GGCUGCAGCAUGUCUAAAUUAUCUGAAACUGGGCUGUUUGUUGCGGUCGGCGUUUAAGUUUUCUCAUUUGUCAUUUAUUUCUUUCUGACAAUUUUACCAAUUUUAGCAGCAACUGCAAUUUCCUAAUAACAUGUCCAAAUCUUGGCCAAUGCUCCGCAGUGGGUAUGCGCCACCAUAAAAGGAAAACGAAACCAAAUUUCGUAUAGCACCUAUUUUAUUUUAUUUAUUGAAUCAUAUUACCACCCGAUUCGUGGCCUAUCCCCCUCAGUGGGUUUGUGCCAUUAACUGAGGCUUCAUCAUCAUCAUCAUCAUCAUCAUCAUCUCUGUCUUCACGAAGGAUGAGAAAAAAAGAGGAAGAAGAACACGGCCGUUGGCCUCGCGAGCAGCAGCCGCGAUUUGAGGGAGAUACCAACAACGAACAGCUUCCAGCCGAACCAGGAGUAAACAUGCGGGACCCGAUGUACUUCGAGAACUGCGGCAAGCCUCUGGACUUCGAGGUGACUAAGAAAGGCGAGAAGGUGCUCGUGCCCAACUACCUGGUCAACCUGCUCAGCGGCAUCGCAGUGCUGGUCACGUGCGCCAUCGUCGCCAGCGUGGGUGUCGCCUCGUUUCGCGGCGCCAGGGGCCGUGACGUGGUGACAUCCGGGGCGCCCGCCGUCGCGCUGUUGCCGGACGCCGACGAGCCGCUCGACCAUUGGACGGCGGACGAGUGGCGAAGGCUCAUUCCCAGCCCGAGGCCCAUCCUGUGCUUCCUCAAUCGCGAGGGAUUCCUCAGACCGCCUCCGGACACGCUGACCCUGCGCCACUUCCCGGGCCUAUACUGCAACGAGAUCGUGUACAACGGCCUGUCCUUCGAAAACGGCACGUUCCACCUGCUGGCCGACGCGACGGACGAAGCCAUUCUUCGUCGGCUUACCCGCGUCCGCGACGCCCUCUACCCUCACUGGAAGGUCGUCGCCAACGUGUUCGUCGAAGGCUACACGGCGAAGAAAAUGCCAGGGGAGAGCAGCGAGUUGCUCGACUCGCUCUUCUCUUGGCUCGAGCACCGCCGCAUCGACGGCCUCAACUUCGAGUUUGACGACGACGCCUUUCUUGGAGACCUCGACGCCGCCGGCGAAGUCGUGUCCUUCUUCGCCUGGGCAAAGGCCGACCGCCGAUGGGGCAACCUCACCCUGUCCGCCAUGAUGCCGUACGGAGUGACGGUGCUCUUGCACGAGGAGCUGUCCCUAGUCCUGGACCGGAUCCUCCUGAAGACCCAUGGCCUCAUGGACGAAUCCUCGGGCACGACGCAGCUGGCCGCCCCGCUGGACUACGCCGGCUUGACGCACCGUCGCUCCAACCACCACACGGUCAUGGGUGUCCUGGAAGAACUGGACGAAAACCUCGGGAAGAAGACGUGCUUCACCAUCGCCCUCUCGGGAACGGCCUUCACGCUAAGGUCUCCGUCGAAGCGUGACGUAGGCGAUCCCGUGGUUCCAGGACGGCCAAGGAAGGCCUCGUUCUCCGACGUCUGUGCCCACGCGCCCGGUCGCGUCAAGCGAAUCGAAGACGACGCCGCGUACACGGCCGAGAACUACUCGUGGGUGGCGCACGAGGACCAGUUCACCGUCUUCGAGAAGACGGCCAAGGUGCUCAGGCACUGGCGGCUGCUCUGCGUAGCGGCGGUCGACGUCGACCUCGACGACGUCCGGGGUCAGUGUGGACGCGCGUACCCACUGCUCAGGCGCAUCUACGAGACCUCGUACAUGCUCAAUUAUUCGCCAGAGUAGUGGUGCCCGGCUGCCUCCUCUGUGCAAGCUUCUUUUUUUUUUGCACUCUUUCGAAGGUUACUUUACGUAGCAGAGAAAUAAAACGAAUUUGUUUUUCGUAGCUACGUACAACAAGAAUCUGUAUUUGAUCCUCUUUACUUCAAAUAACAUCUCUGCGGUACAAUGAAUAACCAUAUAUAAAGGGCUUAAUGUAUCCCGUCACGUUGUCUUAGACUGAAAUAUCAUCAACGGGCAUCUCCUUGUUCAACUGGGUACAGUUCAAUGUAUGACGUAAGGUAACGCACCAAAGUGUGCUGGGAAAAACAUGCGGAUUCCACCCACUGUGGGAAUCGAUGUAAGCGAAGCUUUGUUUUGUUCGCUUUGACUGACGAUAAUCGGCGGGGAUGUUGACGGGGAAUGUUUCAUUUCUUCAACGUUUAGCCUAAGACGAGAUUGGUGAAUUGAUGUUCAACGCAACCUUGCGUGAACCACUGCUGUUUGUCUGCGUUGUACACAGAAGUCACAAGAAGAGGUGUUUGCUUGAGGGGUUGUUGUGCGCCAUACUUCAUAACCCCUGGGAGGGUUGAGCACAUUCAUUGCCCCACAUGGCACAUCGCAUCGUGGCAGAAGUACUAAACAUUAUCUGAAUUAUGGGGCUGUACGUGACAAAACCAUAAUUGUGCUAUGAGGCACGCUAUAGUGGUGGACUCCGGAAUAAUUUUGACACUGUGGGGUUCUUCAACGAGUCCCUAAAUCUAACUACACGAGCGUUUUACAGCAAAGCUGUUUAUGACUAGGGUUCCAUGGAUUUUUAGUGCCCGUGAACAACUCUGCGUGUGCAAAAACUCAGCUGAUUGAUGCAAAAUCGCUUCAUUCUAUGCAAAACCUUAUACGUCUCAUCACUUGAAUAUGCAUAUUCAGUAGAUUAUUAAUAAGCGCCUCUUUCAACAUGGGUGGACUCUCAGGUAGAUGAGAGUAUAUUUUUUUUCCUUGCGCACAGGAAUAUGAGCCAUUGCUUAAGGGGGUAUGAGCUAAUCAUUGUCUUACGUGACGGACAAAUUUCUCUUUGGGUAGUCACAGGAAUUAGACACAGAAACUUAGGUAAUAGAAGAUUGUAUGUGCGUACAUAUGUCAUCACGAUGACCGUCGAUGAGGCCAAUAAAUGUGUUCGUACCAUUGUUCGAAACCCUGUUUGCUCUGUGUCGUGUGCUAAACAGGAGCCGUAUCCUAAAACGAUCACUUUUGGCGAUACUAUUGCUUUGGCCACGGUUUCGCCAUCACCGCGCGCUGAUUGCCCGUUUUAGCAAAA